AUGGCCGAUCAUCAAAGGAACAUGGAUCUUUUCCAUGAUGGUCUAGCGAAGAUCUUUAAAGAACAAUGGCACCCCGAUGUACUGUGUUUAGCUGGCGAGGAUGAUCACGAAGAUCCUAUCCCCGCCAAUAAAGUUAUUUUGGGAGCAAGAUCAGACGAACUCAGAGAGCUUUUUGAUGGUGAUGGUAAAGAGAAGGAGACGAUCAUUCUCUACGGAAUGAACCAUGAAGCGCUAGAGGUUUUUAUCGAGUUCAUGUACGUUGGAAACUCCAUACAGUACUCCGAGAAGUUGAAGAAGCAUGCAAGGUCGUUAUAUUUUGCAGCUAAUUUGUACAGCAUCCCCUUAUUACGAGAUCUAUGUAGGUACCAACUUAUGUCUUCACUUAACAUUGGGAAUGCUCUUGAUAUUUUUGAAAUCUCGAAAGACGAUCCUCGUGAGAAAACCCUCCACGAUGAAGCUCGGUGUUAUGUCAUACGUCACAUGAAGGAGAUUGCUUUUACUAGAGAGUUUAAUUCGUUCGUGAAGAGAAACACAAGUUUAACCGUGGAGCUAAUUAGGGUUCUUGCAAUAAGAGGGGAUAGAACAUACCCCAAAAGAUAAGAAUAAGAUUUUACUGGUCCGCUACGUAUAAUUUACUCGUCCAGAGCUUUAAUG